AUGACGGCUUCUCAGGCGCCCGAGGCGGCCCCGCAUCUGGGCCGCCAUUCAGCUCAGUCUGACAACGUAGAGAGGGCUCCAACUGGCCUUUCGUCGGAUCCCUGUGUCGAGCCUCAAAAACCUGCUAAAGUAGAUGCAGAGAAACCGCUUACCAAAAAAAAGAAAUCCAAAAAAGCACAUGCAGCAACGAAAGAGAAAGAUGUUGGAGGUGUAGUGGCCCGUGAGCCGGAGAGCUCACUUGCUGCAGAAGGAACUGACGAAGAGGAAACAGCAGCAGCAACAGCAGAAAAGGAGUCGGCAGAGACGGGCACCGAAGCAGAAGAAACAGGAUCGGAAGACGAACCGGCCGCUUCAGAUGCAGAAGAAGCAGAAAAUAAGGAGGAAAAUGCAUCAGAGGUUAUUGUGUACAGACAGAAUGAAAUUAUCGAUUCAUCUCAAAGCUUUAAGGAUUUCGCAGCGACACAUUUAGACAGAAGGCUUACCAAGGCACUCAUUGAUGACCUAAAGCUCCAACAUCCAACACAUGUCCAGUCUAAGGUGACCCAGCUGCUGCUUUCUGCUGCUGAUGGUGUAGUGGGGGUAGUUUCUGUUGAAGCUGCUGUGGCUGCUUUCACCUCGUGCUUUCGAUGA